AUGAAUAAUACCACAGAAGAAGUAGGCGAAUUCACUCAAAUCUUCAAUGCUUUAAUGAGUCUAAUGAGGAAAUUUAUAUUCAGAGUUCUACGCGUUGGUCCAAUCCCUACUAACAUUUCAUUCAUCAUGGAUGGAAACCGCAGGUUCGCUAAGAAACGAAAUCUUGAAGGCAUUGACGCAGGACACAGAGCUGGUUUCAUAUCCGUGAAAUAUAUUCUUCAAUACUGCAAAGAGAUUGGUGUACCGUACGUCACACUCUACGCCUUUGGUAUGGAUAAUUUCAAGAGAGGUCCUGAAGAAGUCAAGUGCCUGAUGGAUCUAAUGCUGGAGAAAGUCGAGCUCACAAUCGAUCAAGCUCUUACCGGGAAUAUGAAUGGAGUGAGAAUUAUCUUUGCCGGCGAUUUGAAUUCAUUAAACGAGCGUUUUAGAGCUGCGACGCAGAAACUGAUGGAGCUUACAGAAGAGAAUAGAGAUCUGAUUGUUGUGGUUUGCGUUGCUUACAGCACAAGUCAAGAGAUUGUUCAUUCUGUUCGAGAAUCUUGCCUUAGAAAGACUAAAUUUAGAGAUGAUCCUGUAGUUUUGGAUGUGAGUGAUCUUGAAGACUGUAUGUAUACAUCAGCUGUGCCGGAUCCGGAUCUUGUGAUAAGAACCGGUGGAGGAGACAGGCUGAGUAACUUCAUGACGUGGCAAACCUCUAGGUCACUUCUUCACAGAACGGAGGCUCUUUGGCCGGAGUUAGGGCUUUGGCAUUUGGUUUGGGCCAUUCUAAAAUUCCAGAGAAUGCAAGAUUACUUGCAGAAGAAGAAAAAACUUGAGUGA